GGUACUCUAUGGUAACGAAGCGUUCGAGAAAACGUCUUGUCCAACGAUAAGACUUCGAAUCGCUACGAUUGCAUUUUGUUCGUCGCUAAAGGUAUCGUCAGCACGUAAAAAACAUGGGGAAUACGGAGAGCAACGUAGCCAGUGGAGUGAAAAAGCAGACGGACUCUGGGUCCAUCAUGAUGUACAAAUUGGUCGACUUGAAAGGUGGUGGUUUAUUGGUAGACAUGAUGAAGAGGGCAACGCAAACGAAACAAUACGCCGAAUUGGAUCACGCUCUGAGAACAAAAGUGGAGCCUUAUUUGUACAAUAAAGGCAGAGGUAAAUGGAUUCCAGUGGAGAAGCUUGUUUUGCUGCGAAACAAAGAUCGACCGAAGCACAAAAUGCUACCUCCGUUAAAGGCUAUGGAGAAUCCGUCCGAUUACGACAUAGACAAGGACAUGGGCGACGAGGAAGUCGACGAGAUGACUAUAGAUAAGAGCAAGCACAGAUUGGUCUGUUGGAGCUUGAGUCAAAGAGGCGCGGUCGGUGAAACGACUUUACAUAUGUGCAUGUUACACGCGACUGCUAUUCACAUCGAUUUGGCAAAACGUUUGUUGCGCUUCUAUCCGAACCUCAUCAACGACGUGUACAUCAGCGACGAAUACUACGGCGAAAACGCGUUGCACAUAGCGAUAGUAAACGAAGAUCCGUCAUUGGUAAAAUUCUUGCUCGACAGCGGCGCGGACGUUCACGAACGAUGCGUGGGCAACUUUAUGUGUCCGGAAGAUCAGAAGGCGUCGAGAGCCGACAGCGUGGAUCACGAGUGGGUGUGCGUGGCUCCAGAAACGAAUUACGAUGGGUACGUUUAUUGGGGCGAGUAUCCUUUGAGUUUCGCGGCGUGUUUGGGCCAGGAGGAAUGUUACAGACUGGUGCUCGCGAGAGGCGCAGAUCCUGACAAGCAAGACACGAACGGCAAUACCGUUUUGCACAUGUUGGUGAUCUACGAAAAGCUGGCUACGUUCGACAUGGCGUACGAAGUGGGUGCGUCGCUGUCGCUCAGGAAUGCUCAACACCUGACGCCUUUGACGUUGUCGGCGAAAUUAGCCAGAAUCGAAAUGUUCUUUCACAUUCUGAACAUCGAGAGGGAAAUUUACUGGCAGAUCGGGAGCAUCACUUGCGCGGCUUAUCCUCUGUCGCAGGUCGACACUAUCGAUGUCACCACUGGAAACAUCAGUCACAAUUCUGCCUUGAAUCUGGUGGUGUUUGGAGAAAAGGACGAACACUUGGAGCUGAUGGACGGCAUACUGAUCGACCUUUUGAAUGCGAAAUGGAACACCUUUGUAAAAUCCCGAUUCUAUCGUCAAUUCUUUCUCUUCUGUUUCUACUUCCUUCUAUCGUUGAUCAGCUUCACCCUUCGUCCAGGACCUUCGCUGACAACGAGCACACCUGCAGCCACCGACGCGUCUAUCGAAUCAUCGACAGCCAUACGACCGGAUCUCCUAUCCAACGCUACCCUAAUCACCAGUCGAGUCUCGAAAAAUUACCUAAACUCCAACCUCUCCGAGCUGGUAGAGAGAAUCGUGACCACUAGCUUCAUUACGAACCUUAAAUCCUCCUUGAACGUGACGCCGGGCUUCUUCGAGAAGCUCAAGCUCGACAUUCUGGCAGAUGUAACGUUCGCGUUGAAGAACGUUUCGCUGAUGGAGGGAAACGAGAACGAACUUGUUAACAACUCCUACGAAACGACUCCUGGUGCGAACGAGCACGUGCACCAACGGAAAAAUGAUACGGCCACGGAUUAUCUUAAAGCCACGAUCAACGGCAGUCUUCUCGCCGCGACGAACCUGAUGCGCGAUGGCGUCACGUUGUCUGGUAGCAGCCGCAGGAACAACUGGUGGAGCAACCUCACCGAAGAAUGCAGACUGAUGCAGCUGACAACGUUCUCGGGAAAAAUUCGACUAAUCGCGGAAAUCAUGAUGGAAGUCGCGGCCAUACUUUACAUUAUCGCGGCGCUACGAGAGGCGAGGUUCCUCGGUCUCAAUAUGUUUAUCGAAAAUUUGAUGACUGCACCAUCGCGAGUUAUGUUCCUCUUCUCCUGUUGUAUAUUAUUGUCCUUUCCGUUCCUGCGGCUGUCUUGCGCGGACGAAGUCGAGGACAUGCUGGCGGUCGUCGUGAUGUUAACCACUGCGCCCUACUUCCUGUUCUUCUGUAGAGGCUUCAAGACGGUCGGUCCUUUCGUCGUUAUGAUCUACAGAAUGAUCAUGGGAGAUUUGAUCCGAUUUGUUUCCAUCUAUUCGGUGUUCGUGAUGGGAUUUUCUCAGGCGUACUACAUCAUAUUUUUAUCAUUCGACAAUCCCAAUACACCGGAAGGGGUUGACGAUUCGAUAAGCAAUCCAAUGCCAUCGCCGAUGGAGAGCGUGAUGGCUAUGUUCCUGAUGAGCAUGACGAACUUCGGAGAUUACUAUGGAGCGUUCGAGAGAACGGAACACGAGAUGGAAGCCAAGCUCCUGUUUGUACUGUACAUGGCGAUCGUUGCGAUUUUGCUCGUAAACAUGUUGAUCGCCAUGAUGGGGAACACGUAUCAGAAGAUUGCUGAGACUAGGAACGAAUGGCAGAGACAGUGGGCGCGCAUAGUGUUGGUGGUGGAAAGAGGGGUAAGUCCGAAGGAAAGGCUGAAGAAGUUGAUGGAUUAUUCGCAGCCGAUGUCUGACGGUCGCAGAGCUUUGGUGCUUCGAUUGAAUCAGUCGGAAGAGGAUAAGGAAGAAAUGAAGGAAAUUUUAGAAAUGAAGAGAACGCACGAUAAAUUGUACAAGAAAAGGCAGGCUAAAAUGGCGAAGGAAAAGGGCAUUAUACUAGAUGACAAUGUUAUUCUGUAACGAUUUUCUCUUGUUA